UUCUCACAGCUACGGCACUCUGCGCUAUGAUCCUCAUGUUUUCGACGAGAAAGCACAAUGAUCUGGAGCUGGGUCACCAUCGGGAACGCCGUGACCUCAUUUACCCUCUACUGGUUUUUCCAUCCGGGACAGUGUUUCAGAUCAACAUUGCCGUCCAGACCCCAGUUCAAGUUCCGAACGCGACUCUGGCGAUAUCUGUAGGGUUUCAGCUCAAUUUCGUAUUACCUACAAAUGCAACAGAAUUUCGGCAGCAAAACGUGGCACGCUCCAGGCGUGAAAUCGGGGAAGCUCUGCGGUCCAUGUACCUGCCGCUCCAAGCUUUUCUGCAGGAAUAUGGGUUCGAUGGCAGAACGUGUAUGCUGAGAAGUAUUUGCGAGGCUGCUCACUCACCGUUCAGCCAUGAGGACAGUGGAUUACUGGAAGAGAUAGCCCACGCCCUACUGACGCCAUCUUCAGAAAUGUCCGAUGCAGAUUUGGAUUGCAUUGACGGCUAUGACUCUACAAAAUGCCCUCUUGGGGACAUUCCUUAUUUGGCUGCUGAAAGAUUUGGGAGGUCAGGCGGUGACUGUGGCUUCCGGUAUGCUGAUUGUCCUCAGUCACCACUAGAUUUCAUAUCCAGCUAG